UUGCCCUCCACACUCACUCUCUCUCCGUCUCUCUUCUCUCUCUCUCUCUCUCUCUCUCUCUCUCAAUUCUGAACAUAAACAAUGGCGACUGGUUUGGUCCGACGAGCGAUUUCUAGGGUUCAGUUAUUACCGGCGUCGAAACUCAUCAUCGCUAGAGCCCAUGCCUCCGAAGCGGAAGCUCAACAGGUGGAGCCCAAGGCCAAGCCCACAACCAACCUGAAAACCUUCCAAAUCUACCGAUGGAGCCCUGAAAAUCCCCAAAAUCCGGAGCUUCAAGACUACCAGAUCGACCUCAAGGACUGUGGGCCCAUGGUUCUCGACGCCCUAAUCAAGAUCAAGAACGAAAUGGAUCCAACCCUAACGUUCCGACGGUCCUGCCGCGAAGGAAUCUGUGGGUCCUGUGCAAUGAACAUCGAUGGCUGCAAUGGUUUGGCGUGUUUGACGAAGAUUCCAUCUGGAUCGUCAUCCACGAUUACGCCGUUGCCGCAUAUGUUUGUGAUCAAAGAUCUGGUUGUGGAUAUGACGAAUUUUUACAAUCAGUACAAAUCGAUUGAGCCGUGGUUGAAGAGGAAGAAUCCACCGUCUGCGCCUGGGAAGGAGAUUCUGCAGAGCAAGAAAGAUAGGGCUAAGCUUGAUGGAAUGUACGAGUGCAUAUUAUGCGCCUGCUGUAGCACAUCUUGCCCUAGCUAUUGGUGGAACCCUGAGACUUAUCUGGGCCCCGCUGCUCUUCUUCACGCCAAUCGAUGGAUAAUGGAUAGCCGUGAUGAAUAUACCCAAGAGCGCCUGGAUGCAGUAAAUCAUGAGUUCAAGCUUUACCGCUGCCACACAAUAUUGAAUUGUGCCCGUGCCUGCCCGAAGGGACUGAAUCCUGGAAAGCAAAUCCAAAACAUCAAGAAGCUUGAACGCUCGGGCGUUUAAGUUUCUGUUAAGUCUGAUAAUGUGCAUUGUAUCUUUUUCUGAUACUAUCUUGAGGGAAUUAUUUGAAGGAGUCAUUAGCUAUGAUAAUAAUGUAUGCACUCAUUGUAUUUUGCCAUCCUUAAAAUGUGUUUUGUGUCAGUUUAAGACGAAAGGUGUUUGUUUCUAAUAAAUUUUUAUAGAGUUGCAAUGAUCUUUCUUCAGAUGAACUUUUUGACUAUAGCAUUGCUGGAGUAUGACUUAAUGUUAUC